CAGGGAUCCGUCUCAUCUUCGAAGGUCAGGUGGGAUUGGAGGACUUAGAGGCCAUACUAGACACAGUAAAGAUCUUGGUGGAUUCCUGGAUUCGGACAUAUUUGAUGAUUUGCUUAGCCGAGGAUUCGGUCAUCAUCGCAUGAGGUCUAAAAUACGCAACUUCAUGGAUGACGAUGGAUUUCAAUCGGCGCUGGAUGAUUUUGAUAAUUUUGUGAGUAAUUAUGAAACCACCAGGCGAGAGAAGCCGAGGGAAACUACUCAAGAUGGCCAUGAAUUGCUACGAGAAUAUAAUGACAGAAAAGGUGGUAAAACUAGUUCUACAUCAGUAUUCUCAGAUUACAACAGCUCCACGUUUGAGUCUGAUAAAUCUAAAAGGAAAUCCCAAUGUGAUCGACCUUCACUACUUGGACGACAUACAGAAUUUCUGAGUGUAUUUGACAGUGAAUCAGAUGAUGACUAUGAAGAUGCGCGUAGUUUUCUAAGAGGAGAUAAUCGCACUGAUAAUGAGAAAGCCUCUUCCAUUCGCUACCAGAAAUAUGGAACAGCAAAGCUUGAUUCUAAAGGCAAUGACUGGAGAGCAGACAAAAGCUACACCGAUCCACUCAAGAAAGACAGACCAACAUCAAAGUAUAAAACGGACUCUUUAGAUGAAUAUAAAACUAGUAGUUUAAAAUCAGAUAGAAAUUAUGGUGAUAAGUAUACGAAAGACAAACCAUCCACAAGGUAUAAGGCUGAUCCUCCAGAUGCUAGCAAAGGUGAUGAAGGUAUGUUUUUUAAAGCUAAGCGCAAUUCUUCCCAGUUUAAUGCUAAUCCUACUAGUCGCAACAGCUUGCUUGAUGAAUUGUUUAGUAAACGCUCCAGCUUUGGUAGAGAGUUUGAUACCUUUGAGGAGGAAGCCAAAAGGCAUUGGGAUUCGCUCAAAAAACGUGACUUCCUUGAUGAUGAUGAUGAACAUGAGUGGCCAUCUUGGACCAAACAUGGUGGUUCAGCAUCAUUUGACUUUGGUCGUCCCGGGAGAUAUGAUACUCCAGAUGAAAAUAAAGCAAAGCGAGGGAGCAGACAUUAUAGCUAUAGUGAUGAAAUAGAGUCUGAGUACUCAAAAUAUGAACCUCGGGAAACGUCAACUGAAUAUAGCCCCAGAACAGAAAGACAUUCAGAGUAUGUUCCUGCCGGGCAUGGAUAUAGCCGCUGUGAUACUGAUUCUAAAGAUGAUACGCGUAAAACAGAUAUUCCUUACGACAAUACCAAGCAGUAUUCAAGAUUUGCUCAAAGAGAAAAAAUGCAUCAAGAUUCAGAUAGUAGUUCACGUAACACUGCUCAAAGUAAAAGUGAAGCAAAGCCUGAAAGGAAACGACAGACAAUAACAGAACGUUAUAAAGAGUGGUACAAAGAAAAUGAUACAGAAACUGAUACACCUGGUAUAAUAGCAAGAGAUAUAGAAACAGGUAGGUAUAAACUGCUCAGAAAUGUGUUUAUUUAUACAACUGGCAAGUUGCUAUUAACCAGGGGAUUGAAUAAUUACUCACAACUGUUCUUAAAUAUGUUUGGUAGCUUUGGAAUCCUUAUUUAUCUGCUUUUAUAUAGAUAGUACCUAUGUUGUAUAUUUCUGUAAUACCUUGGGUUUCAACUGUUUGAAAGUUCAUGCGACUAGCUCGAAGGGGCCGAUCUAUGGGAGGGGUCUAGUCGGAGCAAAAUUUAGGCAAAUUUAAAAAAAUAUUCGCAUCUAAAAAUGCCCUGUUUUUCAUAUGACCUAUUUCUGAAAAUGAGGCCCAAAAUAUAC